AUGUCGCUGUUUGUACAGUGGGUGGCGUUGGCCAGUGCGGGUAUUUUAUGUCUACUGCGCAGCACGAUUGCGCGCAUGAAUAUUGUCAUGGGUUCCGGCCUGGCGUUUGUGCUGGUGAUGACUGUAACGCUGUUUGUCAGUCUGGCCGCUGAAUGGCUGGUGGGGCGUGGUCCCGACCCGCUCAUGCGUAUUUUCGGCCAGUUAAUCAUCGCGGGCAUCAUCACGGGUCUGGUGUUCCGCUAUUUUUAUGUGCAGCAGCGCCUGCGUAUUCAGGAGCAGGCGGAAUUGCAGUCGCGCAUCCAGGCGCUGCAGUCACGAAUACGUCCACACUUUCUGUUUAACAGCAUGAACAUCAUUGCCAGCCUCAUUGCCACGGACCCGGAUACCGCGGAAAGUGUAGUGGAAGAUCUGUCUGAGCUGUUUCGCGCCAGCCUGAACGAUGCGGGUAAUCAGGUCUCGAUUGCCGAGGAACUGGAUCUUUGUGAGCGGUAUCUGCGAAUCGAAGCCCUGCGUCUCGAUGAGCGGCUGCAUCUGCAGUGGGAUGUGGCGCCGUUAUUGCCCGGCACGCGUAUACCUUUGCUGACCUUGCAGCCGCUGUUGGAAAAUGCCAUUUACCACGGCAUUCAACCCCUGCCGGAAGGCGGUACGAUAGAGCUGCAGCUGAGGUAUGAAGAUGACUACGUUGUGGUGAAGAUUGUUAAUCCGGUACCACCGCCUAACCAGGUGAGUGAAUCCCAGGGUAAUCGUAUGGCGCUGCAGAAUAUCCGCAGUCGCCUGGCUGUGCUGUAUGGAAACCAGGCGACACUGCAUGCGGAUACUCAGGGAGAGACAUUUGUGACCGAGCUGCGCUUCCCCGCGGACUGGGCGAUGCGCAUUCUUAUUGUUGAUGAUGAAACUCUUGCAAGAGAUCGGCUCAAACGCAUGUGUGAGGGUGAUGAUCUGCACGAAGUGGUUGGAGAAGCUGCAAACGGGGCGCAGGCAGUACAGUUGUGCAAUGAGCUGCAACCGGAACUGGUGUUGCUCGAUAUCCGCAUGCCAGGUAUGGACGGACUUGAAACCGCGCGCCAUUUCUUAGGUCUGGAUGAUCCACCGGCGGUAAUUUUCUGCACCGCUUAUGAGGAGCAUGCUAUUGCUGCUUUUGAUCUUCAGGCAGUUGGCUAUCUGCUCAAGCCGGUACGUAAAGAUAAGUUGCUCGAUGCUCUGGGUAAGGCUGUCCGCCUCAACCGCGCUCAGUUGUCCGCUCUGCAGAACGAUAACCAGGCCCGCCGCUCGCAUAUCUCUGCGCGCACACAUAAGGGCAUUGAGCUGAUCAACCUGGAUUCUGUGCGUUACUUUCAAGCAGACCAGAAAUACGUCACGGUGCGCUACAGCGAAGGCGAAGUUAUUGUUGAUGAGACUCUGCGCGAGCUGGAAACCGAGUUUUCUGACCUGUUUGUGCGGGUGCAUCGCAAUGCCCUGGUUGCCAUGCAGCACGUGGAAGCGCUUGUUAAAGAUGGCGAUGGCCAUGUGGCUGUAAGAUUGCAGGGUUUGGAUGAGACCAUAGCGAUCAGUCGGCGACAUCUACCCGGUGCGCACUUUGUGCGGGACCAAUUGCUGGCUGCUCACGCUGACCUUGAAGUGGAGCUGUUGGGUAUGACCACCAAAGGCGACCAGUGGCUGUCUGCGCCACUCAGCGAAGUUGGCGGUAAAGGCCUGUUUGUGAAAGAGCUGGAGCAGGCCAUGCUGCAGGGGCGUGCAGAUAUAGCGGUGCAUUCAGCAAAGGAUCUGCCAGCACAGAUGCCAGAUGGGUUUGUCCUGCCGGUGCUGGCUUAUCGCGCGGAUGUUGAAGAUGUCCUGGUUUCAAAUUUUGGUGCAUUGCAGGACUUACCCCAAGGUGCAAAAGUAGGCUCUUCGAGUUUGCGCCGCAAAACACAACUGUUGUCUAUACGACCGGAUCUUGACGUGCAGCCGGUGCGCGGCAACGUCGGUACGCGCCUGCAGAAACUCGAAGAUGGCCACUAUGAUGCCAUUGUGCUCGCGGCAGCUGGAUUAGAUCGCUUAGGCAUUUCCCGCAGUAACUGGCAUACCCUUGAUGUUGCUAUGUGCCUGCCUGCACCGGGCCAGGCUGCCCUGGGUAUUGAGUGUCUGGAUAAUCCGGAGGUGCUCGCGCUGUUGGCAGCCCUUGAAGAUCAGGAUGUUGCGCGCUGUGUGACUGCGGAGCGUGGUAUCAGCGCCGGGCUCGGUGCAGAUUGCUCCCUGCCGGUCGCCGCUCUGGCAAAAUCAGUAGACCGUGAAACACUUGAGCUGACUGCGCUGAUUGGCAAUGCAGAUGGCAGUCGAAUUUUACGCAGCCGCGUUCGCGGUGCAGACCCGGAAGUGAUUGCGGCCACCGCGGUGGCCGAGUUGCGGGAUCAGGGUGCAGAUGACAUUUUGCAGCAUCAGCUGGCGCAACUUCUGCAGCAACACGGCUUUGAGGUGAUCUGUGCGCCCCUGGUUAAAAUUGUUGACGUGGCGCCAGCGAACAUUCUCCAACUGGGCGCUGCACCUGCACCUGCACCUGCACCUGCACCUGCACCUGCACCUGCGGCGCUGGCCGCUGUACCCGUCACCGAGCCGGAUGUGGUGAUAUUUUUGUCUGCCCAUGCGAGCAGGCGUUUUGUUGAAGCAGGUUUAUUAAGUCGAAUCCAGGGCUCAAGCUGCCUUGCCGUGGGCGCUGCAACUGCGGCCGUUCUGCGCGCAAAUGGGGUGAUUGUGGACGUGCCCGAGCAGAAUACGACAGAGGGUUUGCUCGAAAUGUCGGUCAUCAAACAACUUUCCGCGCAGAACUCUGUCUGGUUGAUCGCCGGUGUCGGCGGCCGACCAACCCUGGCGGAAAGCCUCUACAAUCUGUACCACUGCAGCGUCGUAAAAUUUGAGUUGUAUCAGCGUCUCAGCCUUGAUUUACCCACCAUCGACGUAGACGCUGUAGGUGCGGUCGUAGUUUCCUCCGAGGCGAGCCUUGAAGUGCUUGCCCAGCAGUGGCCUGGUUCAAAACAGGUGUUUCUGAUUGUGCCGUCAGCGCGCCUUGCGGCGAGUGCCCGGGCGUUGGGUUUCAAGCAGGUGAGGGUGUCGCAGAAUGCGUCACCCGAGGCAACGUUGGAUAUUUUGCAGCCGCUAAAGACAUCUCCUGCUGAUAAUGACCACCUGGACGCUGCAGAUGCAGAAAUGCAGGAUACACAGGACCAGUUACAGGAUUCCCAGGCCGAGGCCGGCAGUGCGCCCGAAUCAUCGGCGACCUCGGCUGCCGAAGAAGAUGCAGCGUCAGCAACAGAGGCUGAACCGGAACCGGAACCGGCUGGCGCGCCUGAGGCGGAUACACCGCCGCCUCCACCUGCCAAGGCAAAAGGCCGAUUCCUUGCUUUCCUGGCAUUGUUGCUUGCAUUGGCGGCAGCUGGCGGCGUGGGUUAUCUGUAUUACGAGUUGGUUUAUCUCAAACCACUGGCGCAAAUAGAACAGCUCGACAACAAGUUGGACAGCCGCUAUUCAGGGCUGGAGAGUCAGUUGUCUCAGCGCAUUGCGACGCUGCAGGCAUCCACCGAAAGCGCCAUUGAAACUGUUCGCGGGGAGCAGGCCGAGCGACUCGCCAGCAACGAAGAUGCGGUGCUCGAAUCUCUAAAUGAAGCUCUGAAUGCAGCACCGCCUUCGCAACGCGAGUGGAAACUCGCGGAAGCUGAGUAUCUGUUGCGGGUAGCCAACCACCGGGUGCUGAUGGAGCAGGAUUCCAAUGGUGCGUUGAGUUUGUUGCAGGCCGCGGAUCAGAUCAUGGCGGAACUGGAUGACUUUGCGUUGUAUCAGGUGCGCGCCCGUCUGGCAGACGAGAUCAUUGCUUUGCGGCAGGUGCCACGUGACGAUUUACAAGGCAUCUAUCUGCGCCUGGAGGCGAUCAAGUCGCAAGUCGAUGCUCUGCCUCUGCCCGAACCUGCCUAUGUUGAUGCGCGCCGCCAGGCAGCAGUGGAAGAGUCUAUCUGGCAGACACUGGCGAAUGAGCUUAAACAGUUUGUACGUAUCCGACCUAUUUCCGGCGAAGAGGCGCUGAAACCUCUGCUUGCCCCUGAAGAAGAACGUUAUCUGGAGUUGAACUUGCGUUUGGCUCUGGAGCAGGCGCAACUGGCUACGCUGAAACGUCAUCAGGAUGUUUUCGAGCAGAGCUUGUUAAACGUGCGCAGCUGGUUGGUUGAUCACGCAGAUACAACCGAUGAACGCACCACCGUUUUGCUCAGCCAGGUUGAUGAGUUGCUGAUAGUUGAGCUGGCGCGGCCGUUACCGGAUAUUUCCGGUUCUCUGAAUGAACUGCUCUCUAUCCGCCGGAGCGGCACGCUGCUGGUCCGGGACCCGGGGUACGUGUUAAUUGCCUAUGCGGACACCGCGCUGGAAACCAGUUUAUGGGUCGCGGUGUUGCUGUUCAUUGGCCUUUAUAUCGCCGUACGUCUGAUCAGCGUGGUUAUUUUCAAACUGACGCAGGGUCAGUCAAAAGUGUUGCGCUGGCGUUCAGGUCGUAAAGUCCGCGCCGCUCGAUCACAAACUGUAAGAGGCCUGCUGGUAAUGGCCGAAGGGCGCUGGGCUGACGCAAAGAAGCUGUUAGCAGGUGCUGCAGAUGACGUUGAGACACCGUUGAUCAACUAUCUGAAUGCCGCGCGUGCUGCGCACGAAUUGGGUGAGUUGAACGAACGGGAUGAGUUUCUCAAACGUGCGCACGAAACAACGCCAGGCGCUAAAUUUGCGGUUUCAUUGACCCAGGCUGAAUUCAAUAUUCAUGAAGGGCGUUACGAGCAGGCGCUGGCGGCCCUGUUGCUGUUGCGUAAACGGGCACCCAAACACGGUGCGGUUCUGGCGAUGUUGGCACGCUGUUAUGAAGCUCUGCCGGAUUGGCAGGCGCUGACCCAGUUGAUGCCUGAUUUGAAAAAGAACAAAGCUUUGCCCGAGUCUGAACUGCAUCGUAUGGAGCAGGCGGCAUGGCAAGCUAAGUUGUUAGCGGCUGACAGCAGCGCCGGAUUAUGGAAGAAGCUGCCUAAAUACCUUCGCACUGAGACGCCUCUAAUGUGCAAAUGGGUUCGCCAACUGAUGAAAGACAAUAAGCCGGAUGAAGCAGAGCAGGUCAUCCGACAGGCACUGGGUCAGCAAUGGGAUGCUGAGCUCGCGCAGAUAUAUGGCGAAUUGCACAGCAGUGAUCCAGCACGGCAGUUGGCCGUGGCACAAGGUUGGGCGAAGCAGCGGCCUGAUGAUGCCGAAGUGGCUUUGACGGUCGGUCGGCUGUGUUUGCAGAACGAAAAAUUUGAACAGGCCAGAGAAUACUUUGAACACAGUUUGCGCCUGGCGCCCGGCGAUGCUGUGUACGGCGAGUUAGGGCGUUUGUGUGUGGCCAUGGGAGAUGAGCGUCGUGGUACAGAAUAUCUGUUGCUGUCGCUGAGUAAUCUGUCAGACCUGCCUCAGCCAGCCGAGCCUAUGUUGCGAAAAACAAACGUCUCUUAG